GAGGGAAAAACUUGUUAUUCUUGUUCCAAACAUCGUACAAUCUAGCAUUCUGGUUAUCUUCCAAUUUCCAAAUCGCUAGCACCAUCUCUACCGUUUUCUUCAUUCACUGGCAAUCAGCCGUGGAAGCUCCUCUGAUUUCAUCUGCUAUUUUCCCACGACACUAUCUGAGCAGGUUUGGGCUCUUAAAUGGAAUAAAGGGCACCGUAUAGUAAAUGGAAUAAAGGGCUUCUCUUGUUGUGCAGCAGUAGCUUCAAUGCCGUCUUCUGCUGCACCUUCAACUGCGCCUCUCUUGGAUGUUUAUGCAUCGAUCCUCCAAACAAGCCUCAAGACCAGAAACCUGUUUGCGGGAAGGUCAAUCCACGGCCAGAUUAUUAAAUCCGGGCUUCACAUCAGUGUGUUCUUGAUGAAUAAUCUCAUGAAUUUGUAUGCCAAAAGUGGGUAUCUUUUCGAGGCCCGCCAAAUAUUCGAUGAAAUGCCUGAAAAGAACAUAUCUUCUUGGAAUACGCUAUUAUCAGCUUAUGCAAAACAGGGCUGGAUUGAUGCGGCACUUCAUAUUUUUGGGCAAAUGCCUGACCCUGAUUCUGUUUCGUGGACUGCAAUGAUUGUGGGUUAUAAUCAAAUGCGAAGGGUUGCAAGCGCAGUUAAAAUGUUCCUAGAUAUGGUUUCACAUGGAGUUUCUCCUACCCAGUUCACAAUGACCAGUGUUCUUGCCUCCUGUGCUGCUGUAGAAGCUUUGGAUUUGGGAAGGAAGGUUCAUUCCUUUGUUGUUAAACUUGGGCUCAGUAGCUAUGUCAGCGUUGCGAAUUCUCUCCUCAACAUGUAUGCAAAGACAGGUGACCCAGUGACAGCAAAGAUUGUUUUUGAUAGGAUGAAGUUGAAGAGCAUAUCGAGCUGGAAUGCGAUGAUUUCGCUGCAUAUGUAUUCUGGAAGACCCGAUCUUGCCCUCGCGCAGUUUGAGCGGAUGAGUGAACGCGAUUUAGUAUCUUGGAAUUCGAUGAUCACGGGUUACAAUCAGCAUGGAUAUGAUCUUGAGGCACUGGACAUGUUUACCACAAUGUUGAGAGAAACAACUUUGAAGCCAGAUAAUUUCACCUUGGCAAGUGUUCUGUCAGCUUGCGCCAAUCUUGAGGAGUUGAAUCUUGGGAAGCAAAUCCAUGGCCACAUUAUCAGAACUGGGUUUGAUGUUUCUGGGGCAGUUGGAAAUGCUUUGGUUUCCAUGUACUCGAAAUCUGGAGGAGUUGGAAUUGCCAAAAAGGUUUUACAGCAAAAUGAGGCUUCCAAUCUCAACGUAAUAGCAUUUACAGCCAUUCUGGAUGGAUACAUCAAGGUUGGAGAUCUAAACCCAGCCAGACAGAUAUUCGACUCUUUGAGAGAUCACGAUGUAGUUGCUUGGACAGCAAUGAUAGUUGGGUACAUGCAGAAUGGCUUCAACGACGAUGCAAUAAAGCUUUUCAGAUCAAUGGUUAGAGACGGCCCCAGGCCUAACAGCUACACCCUAGCAGCAAUGUUGAGUGUCUGUUCUAGCUUAGCUUCUUUGGAUCAUGGCAAACAAAUCCAUGCCAGAGCCAUAAGGUCAAGGGAAGCAGUGACUGUUUCUGUUGGCAAUGCUUUGAUUACCAUGUAUGCCAAAUCUGGAAGCAUCGAUGGUGCAAGGCGUGUGUUCGGCCUCAUAAAUGGAAACAGAGAUACUGUUUCUUGGACCUCCAUGAUCAUAGCAUUGGCUCAACACGGGCUUGGAGAGGAAGCCAUAGAGCUGUUUGAGAAGAUGGUGGGGUUUGGUAUCAAGCCUGACCAUAUCACAUAUGUUGGUGUGCUCUCUGCCUGUACACACGUGGGACUGGUUGAACAAGGCCAAAGCUAUUACAAGCUUAUGAAAGAUAAGCAUGGUAUCGAACCAACCCUAAGCCAUUAUGCUUGUAUGAUCGACCUAUUUGGUCGUGCUGGAUUGCUGCAGGAAGCGCACGAUUUUGUAGUAAGCAUGCCAAUCGAACCAGAUGUCAUAGCUUGGGGUUCACUCCUAGCUUCGUGUAGAGUUCACAAAAAUGUGGAGCUGGCCAAAGUUGCCGCAGACAGAUUGCUUCUUAUUGAUCCCGAAAAUAGCGGGGCGUACUCAGCCCUUGCUAAUGCCUACUCCGCCUGUGGAAAAUGGGAAGAGGCUGCUAAAAUCAGGAAGUCAAUGAAGGAUAAGCAAGUCAAGAAAGAACAGGGGUUUAGUUGGGUUCAAAUCAGAGAUGACGUCCAUGUCUUCGGGGUUGAAGAUGCACUGCACCCGCAGAGAGAUGCAAUCUAUCAGAUGAUUGGAAAAAUAUGGAAGGAAAUAAAGAAAAUGGGCUUCAUCCCCAACACUGAAGCUGUGUUGCACGACCUUGAUGGAGAGGUAAAAGAGCAGAUUCUUAGGCAUCACAGUGAAAAGCUUGCCAUUGCAUUUGGGCUGCUGAAUACUGCGGAGCACACCACUCUGAGGAUCAUGAAAAAUCUGAGAGUUUGUGAUGAUUGUCACUCUGCCAUCAAAUUUAUCUCCAAACUUGUGGGAAGAGAAAUUAUAGUGAGAGAUGCUACUCGGUUUCACCAUUUCAGGGAUGGCUUGUGUUCUUGCCGCGAUUAUUGGUAGGAUAGCAAACAAAAUUAGAUUCACACAUUACUGGGCAAAAUCUAAUGAACCUCAGAUUUAAAUUCUUAACGAUAACUAUGUUUGGUUUUAUGUUUAAAUUCCUUGGUGAAGGCCUCUUUUUGAGGACAUCGGAUGUAAGUUUCUUUCUCCACAAAGACUGACUCCUUUUAAGACAAAACUAUCCAACCGGGAGGAC